AUGGCCAGUUCAGCAUACGUCAGCCUCUUGCUGCUGCUGGUAGUGGCACCCUCAGCUCUCUGGCAUCCAGGUGUCAGAACCGGGAGAGAUAAGUGGUGGAAGAUCAUACUUCAUCGACAUGAUGAAGAAAAUAACAGCAAUAACCGGAAGAAAAAUAAUCUGCAAAAAAAUUGCGUAUUUGGCAUACCAACCCUGUCCAUGACCGUCAACCCUGACACUUUGUGGUUUGGUGAAGUGAUUGACGCAGUAGAAACGAAGGCUGGAAUUCAGCAGUUAUCUUUUCUAGGAGGAAAAUUUAAGCGCUUCUUUCUUCAACGACACCGCAGAUUAAUUCAGUUGGUUCUAUUGGGUCCGGAUGGCAGCAUCAGUACAAAAUUGCUUUUUAGGUUCAGCAACCUAUACCUCAUAGGGUUCGCGAACCGGGAUGAUCAUUGGUUUGUGAUGAAGGGAGCCGAGGAUCUGAUGCCUGGUGCCACGGUACUGCCAUUUGGAUAUAAAUAUAGCGAUCUCCUACAAGCAAUCGAAGGGAGCACAACUAAACAAAAACUGGCUAACUUGGCCCUAGGGAAGGCUCCAACAUUGGAAGCUGUCAGCACCUUGGGUACUAACGACCCGUCUAAUCUCAAUCCUAAGGUUCCGUCGUCAUUGGGAUUGUUCGCUGUAACGGUAGCGGAAUCGUUAAGGUUCUUACCGAUCCGUGAAAAGAUUGGUACAAUUUUGGAAUCAGGAACUAUAGGGUACCUUGAUGAAAAGAAAUAUAACGACUACAUCAACAACUGGGCCAAAAUCUCGAUGUUAUUGUUGUGCUCCCUCCAUGGCCGCCCACUGGGAGAUUUUAGGGGUUAUAAUGAUCUGAAGGAUAUCCAUAUCGUGGAUGAUCAACAAGCAAUCAAUGUCAUCGCCAUUCUGCUACGGCCCAGUGGUUACGAUCCUGAGGAUCCGAAGGCAUCUUGUGAUGAUAGAUAA